GAUUAGGUUCUCUUUUGUCACCAACAUGAUACUAAACGCAAAAUAGAGCACCCGGCUAACAUCUGCAAUGGAGAGCACAAGAUACCUCUGUGGCGGUAUUUUCCAACAGGUGCGCACACUCACUUGAUUUAAAUUUAAAUGAAUCGCUGCAUAUAAUUUUCAAUAGCCGCGGUUUAUAUUUUCAAUACAGAUUAAUUUUAUAGAUAGGUAUUCUAGGAAGCUCAGAGGUAAAGUAUGAACAUUAGCACGCGGAAAGAGAGAUUUGGCUACAACAGAAAAAUCCAGAUAAAGAUUUAUUAUCAAUGAUAUUUAUACAGAAACCAGAAACAUGAAUAUAGCGGAUAAACUCCACAAAGAAGAUAUUUUUAUGGGCGUUGAGGGCGCAGCUGCUCUACCACCCAGACGUGAUAAAAAUAUUCAAUCAAAUUCACCAUCUAAGAAUACAUUGUCAACAGUAGGGCUGGUAGAAAGCAUGGCAUCCGAUGUUAGCAUGGACAUUUCAGAUAUUACAUUGGAAAUUGAAAAAAUCAACAGGGAUAGGGAAGAUCCUGAGAAGGGAAUGAAAGACACGAAUCGCUUGUUAAAAGAAAUAGAUCAACAAAUGGAGCAAUCGUUUGAAAUAAUGGAGGAACGACAAAACAUGGUUCGAUCUUUUCUUAAAGACAGAGAAAAAGCAGAAGUCAAUCAUCGGCAUCGUGCAAACCAACUGAUGAAGCAAUUUACCGACAAAAUGUCGGUUAUGGAAUCGGCGUUAGGUGUCGAAAAAGUUUACACGAAAACAAAUACCACGUCGGUCACGCAGACUGAUGUAAUCGAGACAAAUGACGAAGAGUUGCAAACCAGUUAUGUGGAGAUUAACAACGACGCACUUCAGGAAGCUGUAGAGGCUUUAACACACGAUAUGAAAGACGUAGUCCAGAAACAGCUGCUUCGCGAAAAAGUCGCAAUGCUUCAAGAACUGGAAGUAAGAAAGAAUGAGAUCGAUGAAGAAGAGAUUACGAAAACCUUAGCUGACCUUGAACGACAGUUUAGACUCGACAAAGCAAAGUCAAAAAUUAAACAACUUAUUCAAAACGAGGCAGAAACUAGUGUGAAAGAGAGGCUUCUUUCAAUGGCAAAUAAUUUGGUUGAGUGGUUACAUACUGAUAAUAAUGACGAUGUGUUGAACGGUUUGAGCGAUGACCUUAAAAUUAAACUCCGCAACACAAAGACUGCAUUUCAAGAAAUGAACAAGUCUGGAGUUCCAAACCAAGAAAGUAACUUCACCACUGACAUGCAUGACUUGGGAAAAGCUUGUCGAAAAAUUGAUCUUCUGGAAGCUUCGUUAGACUCUGUGUUGGCUGAUAUUCAAAAGAAUUUAGAUUUAAGUUCAUCUGAGUUAAAGCAGUUAACAAACAAUAUUUUAAAGGAGAAGAAUGAAAGAGAAAGAAGUCAACUUAUUGAAAACCUCGUUAGUAAAAGCUACACCACCGAAUCUAGCGAGAAAGAGCAAGUUCGAAAAACUAUUAAAGAUUUUGUAAACAUACAAAAUGAACUCUACGAAGCAGAGGAAGUUUGCCAAGACGCGAUUAGUUUGAAAUUUACUGAUUCGAAUGACGAUUUUCUUAAAAAACAAAUGUUAAAGAUUGUUUAUAAAAAUAAAACUUUAGUGAAAGAAAAAGAAGAGCUUUUAGGGAUGUUAAACUCUGGAGCAGGGAAGUUGGUAGUGAAUCCAACAACUAACUUUUAUAUCGAGCCUAUACGAAUGGAUGAGGAUGAAGAAGAAAGCAUAGAGGAUUUGCUGGCGAUUGAACCGAAGUUAGGUAGCACCUUAGUUCAAGACCUUCUCCACAUUAAAGAAAACAAGCAAACGCAUGCGAUUGGUUUAGUGCAUUACAACGAAAAAUCUAUAGAAAACAUUAUUCAGGAGUAUGAAAGCGAGAUUAAACAGCUCUCUGAAUAUCAAAACGAGGCUUUAGCGUACGAAAAUGUUGAAGAAAUUAUAUCACGUCAAGCCGUAACAUCAGACACUCUUGCAGCGUUGAAAGAAGAACAGGAAAAAGUUGAAGAACUGCUUCGUGUAAACACGCCACAAAUUGAAGAAGUCAAUGACAAACUAGAAGCUUUAAAAUUGAGCAAGGAGGAAAUGUUGCGAAAGGAGAAAAAGUUGCUUCAACGAAAAAAUGUAUUAAAGAGGAAUUUAAAAGAACUGAAUAAGAGAGUUGCUGACAACCUGAUGAACGAGGAACGUAAAAAAGAGAAAGUUUACACGGAGGAACAAAUAGGCCGGGUUGCUAUAGAAAUUGAACAUGUCAGAUCAAAAAUUGCAGAGAACUUGGAUAGCGAGAAAACAGAAAAACAGAAGUUGCAAAAUCUUGCUGAAAAAUCAUUAAAAAAAGAAAAAAUUCCAUUAUCUAAAAAAUUAUCUCAACUAAAAGAAGAUCUAGAGAAAUUAAGUCCCUUUGUGAACAAACACAGCGUUAAGUAUCGUCCAGAUGACGUGUCAAUGGAAACUCCAAAUACAUCACAAGUGAAACAGGUAAUCGAGACAAGAAAUGAACUCUCUAAGAGACUCACAGAGACUGAGCAUAAAAUACAGGAAAUCAUCACAAGCAACGAUUAUGAAUCGAGUCCAAGUGGGAGCUUGGAACAAAUUGAAGAUCUUGAAAACGAUCAAGCAUUGGAAAAUAGAAGAAGAAGUCAUGAUCUUAAUACAAAACUAGUGGAAAUCGAGAUGGAACUGGAUAACGUGAAUAUAGAAAUGUACAAAGGCGAAAUUACGCUGCAAGAUCUACAUGGAUUAAAGAAAUAUUCUGAAGAGUUGAAAAAUGCUUUAAAUGACAUUGAAAUGAAGUUAAAACCAGAUACAGUCGAAGAGAAGUAUUCAAAUAAAAUCCAAGAAUUACAAAACAAAAUUUCGUCUUUAAGGCAACAGUUAGAAGAAAAAGAAAUUCAAAAUUUAGAUUCCAAUUUGGAUGAGAUGGAAACAUUGGAAUCUGCAAAAGCAAAACUUGAAAGAGAAUUACAAAAUAUGAGAGAGGACAUGUUGGUUGGUAAGGAUAGCGAGGUUGCGCAUCAAGCUUUGAGAGAUUUGCUGGAAGAAAGAGAUCGAACAAAGAAGCUGAUCAUGUGCUUAGAAGAUGAUGAAAGACUUCUAUCUGACGCAAAGCGGAAAAACAGCGGUCACGCUUCCAUUAAUAAAAGUUUAAAAUGUACAGAUGAAGAGAUGUUAAAACAAAAGAGCUAUGGUAUAUCCACGAUUAUCCAAAUUGCACGCAAUAGAUUAGAUGUAUUUAUUGACAUAGUCAAGACAAAAAUGGAGAAAAAGCUGCAAGAAGCCAAGGAAAAAAGUUGGGUUAACAAGGAAAAUUUGACUAAGGAAGAAAAACAAAAACUUGGUAAGGAGCUAAAAGACAUAAUUGGAGAUAUCAAUCAAACAAAUAAAGAAAUAAAGCAGAUAGAUGAGUUCGAGUUAACCGGCUUUGCUACAUAUGAAGGCCAAUCCAUGCUCACCACCUUAUAUCAAAAGAAAAGGGAGUUGCUUUCCAUCUUAGACGAUAUCAAUUUUGGAAUUCAAGCGGAAUCAGAAAAUGACAACAACAUUAAAGGGUUGUUGAAGCAGAAGAUUAAAGUCGAGCAAGAGCUGAUGGAUUUAGAUGAACGUAUUGGUGGACAGGAUCAAGUUUUGAAAGAAAGGCUCAAAAAGUUGCUGGAUUUGAAACACGUGCUUGAAAAUAAAAUGGCAGACAGUGUAAGCAUAGAUGACUUGCAAACUAUCAUUACACAGUUAGACAAAAAGGAAUACGUCAAGCAAUCUACAAAAAGUGGUGAACCCACUGUGGAUUCGUUAAUUAGGGAAAGGCUAUCUUUAAGUAAAAACAUUUUAAGUGUGCCAAGAGACACUGAGGAAGGCAACGAAGAGGCUGCUGAAAUGUGUAAAGUUCUUGAAAGUGUGGACGCCGAUAUCUUCGAGAGAGUCGAGAAGGUAAUGUCCAAGUUAAAUAUGCUUGACGUUGAAGAAGACGGGAUGGAAAAUUUUUCUUUUCAUUUGCUGGCCAACACUGCAGCAACCUUUGAGUUGCAGCAUGCGAAAAAUGAAUUUGAAAAUGCCUUGAAGCUGUCGGGUUGUCAACCAAGCGAGAAUCAAUUGAGCGAGAGUGACUUAAAGGAUACGUUUAUAAAGAUAAAAGAAACGGAGGAUUUCCGAAAAAUUUUACAAAAUUUUAUUUCACGGAACAUUGAUUUUAACAAUAUCGAGGAUAUCAAAGAAUUAAAAUCGUUAAAUGAAGAUAAAUUGAGAAUACUGUUGAACAAAAUCAAAAAAUUAAAUUUAUUGAUUGAACGAAAAGAAGAUUUUUAUGACCACGAGAAAGGCAGUCCUUUAAAGGAAUAUGAGAAACUUGCACGUGAUAGUAAGAAAAUUGCACGUGAAUUUGAAACAGCGGUUACAUCGUAUGAUGUAGAGUCGCAAUAUAAUGAACACAUUGUAAGAACAAAACCAUACAUCAACAGAACUACUGCUCCUGUGAAGUUGAGUGCUUUAGCAACGUUCCUUGAAAGAAGAGAUGAAAAAUUGAACGAGUUGUUUUUUCUUGAAAAAGAAUUAGAAAAUGCAAAUAUUACUGAAGAAAAAAGGCAAGACUUAAAUAAUAAAAAAGGCGAGUUAGAAAGAAUUAUCGAAGAGAUUGAUGAAAAGAUAAUUGAAGGUGAUUUCCCUUUGCCUGCUGAAGAAAACAAUGGUUCACCAACCAGAAGUUUUUCACCACGUAGUACAUCAAGCAGAAACAGUUUUAGUGUGGUCAUUGAUGAGAGAGAUAAACUGCUGAAGAAAAUCUUCCAGCUUCAAAAGAAGGAGGAACAUAUCCGCGAAAGUGAGGAUAUUUUGAACAAAUUUGAACACAUCAAAGAAAUAGAAGAAAGUAAAGAAAAAAUGAAACAACAUCUCCAACAUAUCGACAAAUGUAUGUUUCGAUGUAAUACCAGUGAUGACACUUUGCUGGAUGAAAAUGACACCAUUCAAAAUAUCACUCAGGAUGAUAUCCAAAAAAGCAUAGAAUUGUUGAGUCAGCAAUUUAAAGUGGAACAAUUUAAGCCUGUUUCAUCCACCAAAGAUGAAUUCAUCGAUUUGACUGAAUUCAUAACUAAGCCGAAAGAAGUAGACAUAUUUCUGCAGCUUCAAAAUAUAGAAGAAAGGAUGGUGGUUAAGAAGCUGAAGGCUGAGAUACUUGCCCUGCAGUUAGAAAAAGAGGCCAUUGAAAUCACACAGACUGAAGAAAAGCGAGCAGUAACAGAAGAACUUUCGAAAACACAAAAGUUACUAGCGGAAACAGAAGCAAAAUUAGUUCUGCUUCAACGUAAAGAAAACUUGGAAGAUGAGAUGAGAAUGCUGAAAGAAAAAGUUGACAAGAACGAAAAAAGGCGGGAAGAAAUAGAAGAAGAAAUCUCACAUGAAAGAUUUGUGCUUACGGAGCGAGUCGUGACAAAAUCUGAGCUCAAAAAAACAAAAAUAAAACUUGAACAAGAACUCGAUGAGAUUAAUAUCACAAUUCAUCAAUAUUCCAAUGCCCUUGAGAAAGAAGUUAAUAUAACAGAGGCUAAACAAGAGAAUAAUGAAGAAGAAGAAGAAGUUAAAGAAGAAGAAAUUGAAGAAGAUAUGAGCAGAAUUUUGGAUGAACACUUGAACUCUUUAUUAAGCCACAAAAGAGAAUUACAACAACGCCUUACAAACUUUACCGAUUCAGUUAUCGAUGAAAAUACUGAAACCUCAUUGGUUGAUUUAUUGGGUAAAAGACGCAAAGUAAUUAAAGAAAUCGAGGAAGUGCAGAAACUACUGUACGAAGAGGAUAUAAGAAAACAGAAAGAAUGUUUAACUGAAGAGAUAAAAGUAUGCUAUGAAGAAUAUAAAGAAAUAAAAGCAAAUAAUGGAUAUAAUAUUCACAAGAAAAAACUUCUACACAAGAAGGUAAAACAGCUGGAACAAAGCGAAGCUAGUUUAAAUAAAAUUGUAAACGAAAGUAAAUACAAUAAAGAUUUUUCGCGUAUGAAGUGCCAGCUUGGUGAACAUUUAUUCAGUCUUCUUCAAGACCCAAACGUUGAAGCAAGCGAGCCACAUUUGAAAGAGUUAAUGAUGUGUAUGGAAGAUCGCACUAUAUCGCAAUAUAUCAAAGACAUGGUAGGGUUAUGCACACUGCAGACGGAGCAAAUUCAAAAUUUGAAAAACGAUAUUAAACUUGCGAAAGAAGAACAGACCAAGGGAAAACAAACGGCAGACGAUUUUUAUAAACAAAUAGAAUUUUUAAAUAAUGAACUUACGAAUGUCCAAGAAGAAUUAGAAGUUUUAAAAACAACACAAAAACAAGUCCGAGAAUUAGUUGGAAUACGAUUACACGAUCUCAUAACAGGUAACAUGAAUAAUGACAAAACUACCGAUCCAUGGUUUAACGAAGUUCGUAAAAGGCUUCGCAAUGUCGAAACAAUCGAAGAGCUGCUGAUAUCCAACAUUGACGCAUUAGAGAGGGGAGAGAUAAAUAAUAACUUGAUUAACCAGCUUGUUGAAGAUAAGAAGGUGCUGCAAAAACGUUUGGGUGAACAAGAAGAACAGUGCCAUUUACUAAGACGACGCGAGGAAGAUUUCUUCUCCGAAACUGAAAGUUUACGCGAUAAUUUACAGCAAUGUACGAGCAAAACAAGCUCGAUACAUGAAGAAGCACAAAAAUUGAAAGAUGAUUACGAGGAAACGAAAGAGAAAUUGGACGCAGCAAUUGUUGAGAACGAUCGUUUAAAAGCACGCUUGGCGAAAAAAGAAAAAACAGCGAAUCUCAGCGAAGGAACGAGUAAAAUAAAAACAGAAUUGAUGCGUGCAAAUAAAGAAAAUGAAAAUUUAAAAGUUAGCAAAAGUCAACUACAAAACGAGCUGGAUUCAUUUCGAAAGAAAUUUAAACGUCUAAGUAGAGAAAAAAGUUUGAUGCAGGAAAAACUUGAGCUAGAGACGAAGCAUAUAAAGGAAACACAAGCAGAAUUGAGUGCUUCACAACAGAAAGAAAGACUAAGUAAAACUGAGAUGCACAAGAAUUGCCAACUGAUUGAAAAACAACGCAGAGAACUGAACAAGAUGAAAGAAACCAAAACACAAGUGGAAAAACAAAACGAAGAACUUCAACACGCGUUGGACGAGGUUAAAGAAAAAUAUCAAACACUCAACGUCAAACAUCAAAACGAGACUACUAAAAUAACUAAAGAGCUACGAGCGGCGAAAAACAAAGUCGAAGUCCACAAAACUGAAAUUGAAAAGUUAACAAUCGAAAAUGAAGUUUCUCGCAACGACGAAUUAGGACAAGUCAAGAUAGCGUUUGCAAACGAAAGAGCAUCGUAUGUUAACGAGAUAAAAGAUCUCACAGAAAGACUGGAAGAAGAAACAAAAAAUAAUAAGAAGGAAGCUGAGGAGAUGUGGAAGAAAAUUAAAAAAAUAGAAGAAACGAACGAAGAACUGAGUGUCGAAAAUAAAACUUUACUCGAUAAAUUACACGAUCUUGACGAGUCGUUUGAAGCUGAACUUUUGGAAACACGAAAAGAAUUAAACGAGAAAUAUAACCAAUCAGUGGACAAAUUAAACGAAAAAAUUCGAAAUUUGGCUAAUGACAUCAUCACUAUCGAGCAGUUAAAGAAUGAAGUCGAAAUCGAAAAGGAUGCAGUUACUAAAGAAAACGAAGAUUUAUCGAUUCAGUUGCACGAACAAGUCACAAUAAUGGAGGAAAAAGAAAAGACAAAUCGUGUAAGGAUCUCCAGCAUGCAAACUGAACUGGAGGGAGUAAAACUCGAAAAUUCCGAGUUACAAGAUGAAAUCAGCGAGUUAAGAAGUGGACAAAGACAGAUGAGAAAUUUAGAGAAUUUUGAGAGAGAACUGAAAGAAAAGCACGAAAACCUGCAGAAAUCACUCGAAGAAUUUGAGUUAGAAAAAAAUCAGUUUGGUGAAAGCAUGAAAUUCUUUAUGACAAAAUCAACGAACGAAAGGAGUAAAAAUGUUGAAAACAAAAAACAGGAUGAUCGAGUUUCAUUUAAACUGUUAAAAAUGAGUCAGGAUGAGCGAGACAAAAUGAACGAGGACUUGAUUGCUUCUAAUCGCGAUUUACAACAAACUCGAAACGAGUUACGAAAAGUCAAAGCGGCGUUACGACAAAAAGAGCAAGAUUAUUUCUCAGAAGAAAAACAAUUAAUUUCAAACAUUGAGGCGCGGAAUAAACAGAAAUUAGAAGAGUUGCAAAAAUACCACAACAAAGAAAAAGAAAAAAUAUUAAAACUGUAUUCAGAGGAACAGAGCAAAUGGGAGGAAGAAAUAAGACGUCUCAAAGAUGAUCUUCACGAAGAAAACUUAAAAAAGUUAGGUGAACAAAGACAAGAUUACGAGACGGAAAUGAAGCAGCAGUUUGAAAACUACAUGAAAGUGUUCGAAGUGGAGAAAGAAGAAAUGCAGGAACAAAUUGAUAUUUCGCGGAAUGAAAAGAAAGAGUUAAUAAAACAGUUUGAAAGUGACAGAAUGACGAUGAAAAAGAAAUAUGACAACGAGAGACAUGCCUUAGAAGAAACCGUUCGAAGAUUGUUGAAGAAUCUAAUGAAAUACAAAGACCAAAGAGAUAAGCUAAAAACAAGUCAUCAAGACGAAAUCACUGAAUUAGAGGAACGUUUCGAUGCGGAAAAAGAACGUCUGGAGGAGCGUCGUGAAGAAGAGUUGCAGACAUUAAGAGAAAAUUUGUAUCGUCUAUACGGUAACAACAUUAAAAACGAGAGACAAAUUCUGCAUGUCACAUUUGACGAAAUCAUAAAUGAAUCCACGUCGAAAAAGUGCGGAGGAGGGACAUUAUGGUGCCCAGACAAAAAGGUGGAGGAGACUUUAACUUUAAAAGAAUUAAAGGAACUCGUGCAUAUGGGAGAUUUAAGCGGGAUUAUCGAUGCAGAAUACGACGGCGAAAAAGAAAUGAUUAAACAGAGCAUGCGCGAACAAUAUAAAGUACGACUUCGAAACGAGACUGAUUCUUUGAUGAAGCGAUUACUUGAAUUGUCGGACGAGUUGGAUUCUCUCAGAUCGAACGCUUGAUUUGAAGAACACAGCGUACUGCAAACAAACAAAUAUUACUAACAAUUAAACAAUAUGACAUAUGUCGGAGUGUCUUUACUAAUAUUUUUAAAUACUAUUUACAAACUUAAAGCUUUUUAUAAAAUGUUUUAAAAUAUAUUGUGACGUGAAAUAUAAUAUGGGCGUAGUAGAAAUAUGUACCAAAUAUAUUCUGAAAUAAUUUUUUUAGCAUAGAA